GCCUACUCGCGGCCCAUCACAUCGCCCCUCCCUCCCCCACCGCCCGGAGCGACUCUCCCAGCGGCCGGAGAUCUCCUCCUGAUCCCUUCGAGGGACCAGGAAGGGGAAUGUGGAACUGUGCUUGGUAUCCCUCCGCCGGGGUCACCCCCUCCCCUCCAUGGUAGCAGGAACUAAUUCCCUUUCGGGUCACCGGGGACCUGAGGUUUGAAAUUUCACGGACCAGAGUUCCCUCUGACUCUUGGGAGAGAGGUCGACCACCCCAAGGCAGAAACCCCCAGCUAGCUCAAAAGCGGGGUUCGAUUUAAACUAGGGCUUUGGCCCCAUGACCCCAAUCAAGCCCCGCCCCUUCCUGGUUGUCUUAGCGACGGCGGUGGCGUCCCAAGAUGGCGUCGUGGCUGCCGGAGACUCUGUUCGAAAUUGUAGGACAAGGCCCAGCGCCGAGCAAAGACUAUUACCAGUUAUUGGUCACCCGGUCCCAGGUAGUCUUUAGAUGGUGGAAGAUCUCUCUGAGGAGUGAGUAUCGAUCAGCAAAGCCUGGAGAAGCAAAAGACUCUCAUGAAGAGUUCCUAGAGAAUUCCCACCUUCAAGUCCAAAUUGCCUUAAUAUUUGGUGCAAGAAUAUUAGACUAUGUCUUCAAUUUAUGUGAAGGUAAAUUUGACUUCCUUGAACGGCUCUCAGACAAUCUGCUCCUGAAUAUCAUUUCUUAUCUGGAUCUUGAAGAUAUUGCCAGGCUUUCUCAAACAUCACGCAGAUUUGCGCAGCUGUGCACAUCGGACAAACUGUGGGAGAAGAUAGUGGAGUCCGCCUGCGACACCAUCACACCGGACAUGCGUGCCCUGGCCGAGGACGUGGGCUGGAGACAGAUGUUCUUCACCAGUAAGCUGCAGCUCCAGCGACGGCUUCGCAAGAGGAAACAUAGACAAGGAAGCCAGAGAGACAGUCAAUUUUAGGGACACGUUUUCUUACCUGCAGCGGGGGUGGGGGUUGAGGCCUGGCGGUAGUUCCCUUUUGUGUCCAAAUCUCUUCCCGUUUCCUUCGACUAAGAACUCGGAUUUGAACUUGUUGCUUCAAGGAGCCAUCGGGAAAGCCUCCUGGGUUUGCACACACAGGCCACCCAACCCGACGAGGCAGGGCCUUGCCUGAACCACAGUCCCCCUGUAGGAGGGUCCAAUUCGUGGCCCCCACAAAGGGCUGCGGGACAGGAAGCCGAGACACCUGUAAGAAAAGAGGCUUCUGCUGUACAGAAACAAACAAUAAAUGAUAAC